UAUUGAUUUAUGUAAGUAAUAUUUAAAAUGUUGACAAACAUUGGUUUGGUGAUGAUAAUGAUAUGCUUGAUGACUGAAAUUAUUAAUUAUUCUGAAUAGAAGCUUAUAUUUCUCAUCCUAAAUUUACAAUAAGAGAACAUUUCAAAGAUGGACAAUCUACCGGACGAAAUUCUAUUAACGAUUUUCGAUUAUCUACCGCCUCGAAUACUGUGGUCAAUUAUAUCAAAAGUUUGUCGAAGGUGGAAAAAUGUGGUGUCUCACAGGGUCAUAACGAUGUGGGACUACAAUAAAGUAUUGAAGACGCACAAGGGAGUGGUGGCUAUUUUUGGUAUUCGACAUCAGACUAGUCGUCAAUCGCCUCGCGGGUUGGCGAUAAAUUUUCACACGUUGAAUAUUCGAGAGCUUGUACUAUGUGACAAUUUUCCACUAGGAGAAAUGUUUAUGAAAUCUGUACACUCAAUUAAAACCCUCCGUCACUUAGAUGUUUUCACAUUGCAAAAUCUUCACACGGGCUACCUUCCACCGCCUGAAGUUAACUCUAUCGUCCUCAAUAACAACAUCCAACCUGGUUAUUUAUUGAACUUAGCGAGACGUAAAGAACUAAAAGCUCUACAUAUGUAUGGCAGGAGUCAGUACUACGCUGUCAACGAAAUGUCGACAAUGAUUGUGAUACAAGCCAAACAUUUAACGCAUUUAACUCUAAGGUGCCCUGAAAUUAGUGAUCCGAGAUGGCUAGUAUUCAGCCAGUGCAUCAACCUGCUACAACUGCAGCUGUACGCGUGCUGGUCGGUUACGGCCAACGGUGUAGCACACGUGCUGCAGCUGCCCAAGCUCCAGGUGCUGCACAUCACUGGCAGCAGGAUGGUGCGGAUCACAGCGCUCAUGGAGCUGAUCCCGACACUGUCCCGCAGCAUAGUGGAGCUGAAUCUCAGCGCCAGCUCGUUCAGCUCGCAGCACAUCGCCCUGCUGGCGGCCACACUACCGGACCUGCGCAAGAUGGAGGUCUGGCGCUGUGACCUCACGGCUGCAGACGUGCUGCAGCUGGCCAGCGGGCUCACGAAGCUGGAAGAUCUGGACACUGAUGUGGAACUCAAUAGUGUUGACUUGAUGUAUCUCUCGGAACACCCCGCUUUGAAAGAACUGAGGUGUUUGUAUGAGGGCGAGAUUAUUAAUGAUGAACUUCAGGCCCAGUCGCACAUCCACGUGCGCUCAGCACUAACCGCGCCCUUCCCGCUGCGCGCGUGCGGCGAGGGCCCCUCGGCCGGCGUGCUGCUGCACGCACACGCCUACAAACCCAUCGAUGGCGUCACACUCACUAUCUGAGCGAUAAUAUACUUGUGCUACAGGAAAAUGUGUCUGAACAAACUUGUUUAUAAGAAAUAGAUGAGUGUGCUGUUGGAAGACAUUGUUUCUAAAAAGCAGACUUGUUUGUGGCUACUUAUAACCUGUAUAUUGGUGUAUCUGUAGUAUCUGAAGGUUUGAUCCUGCAAGAGAUAGAUGCUUAUGGAAAAUAUUGUCUCUGAAAAAGCAGAAUUGUAUGAGGCUACUUAUAACCCAUAACCUAUAUAUUGGAAAGGUGUAUUUGUAGCGAGUACUUAAAACUUAUUUGAUCCUAUGUAUCUACUAAGAAGACUAUAGGAAUAAGUACGAUGCUCGAUGGUAGGAAGAUGUGAGAUACGAUUGAUGUGCUCGAAAAAAGUAGAUGGAGAUGGCAGGAUUUCGAACGUUCGUUAGAUUUAUGAAGCUCGGAGAAGAGUAAGCCAAUAAAAUUAGCCUUCCAUACUGAAAAUACUUGGGAAAAACGGAAAAACUUUUACAUAAUUAAAAAAAAAAUCUGAGAAAGUUUCUAAAGCUUUCAUUCUAGAAAAGAAAAGUUACAAAAUAAUCUGGACCUUUUAUUAAACUUUACAGUAUUAUAUCAUAGUUAAGACAGUACGUAUUAUAUAAAACUCAUUGUAUACUCUAUACUAAGAACAUAUCUACUCUGAAAUUAAGAAUUUUAAAAAUGAAAUAAAUGUUUACCUACUCCUGAA